GAACAUCCUCUCCAGCACAGUAUCGAACAGGCUCAGGCUAGCUACGAUGCAGAUCUUCGUCAAGACCCUCACGGGGAAGACGAUCACCCUCGAAGUGGAGUCUUCCGACACCAUCGACAAUGUGAAGGCAAAAAUUCAGGACAAGGAGGGCAUCCCGCCCGACCAGCAGCGCCUCAUCUUCGCUGGCAAGCAGCUCGAGGAUGGCCGCACCCUCAGCGACUACAACAUCCAGAAGGAGUCGACCCUGCACUUGGUCCUCCGUCUCCGUGGCGGUAUCAUUGAGCCCUCGCUGAAGGUGCUCGCCUCCAAGUACAACUGCGACAAGCAAAUCUGCCGCAAGUGCUACGCACGUCUCCCUCCCCGUGCGACCAACUGCCGCAAGCGGGGAUGCGGCCACUCUUCGCAGCUUCGCCCUAAGAAGAAACUGAAGUAGUGGGUUUCGCCUCUGGCGCUGGUUUUUUGCUGUGUCGAUGGUCUGCACUACUACUCGCAUCCUGAGGGACAUCCCUCACUCAUGUAUCCCAUAUGACCCACCAUCCAUGACAUGAGCUUUUCCCUCAAGUGUCGCGUCGUAAAGUUGGUCGCAGCUUACAUACAUUGGAACGUCAGGUCAGUGCUUGCACGCAGAUCAUCGGGCUUCAAGUUCUGUACACACAAGAAUGGGUUCGUUUGGC